CCUGGCUGACUGAGGAACCGGUUUGACAGGCCUUUUAUGCCAACAAAUUCUGGUAUCAUUCCAUGUUACACAGAAUGUAGAAACCUGCCCAGCCAGUUGAAUGAAAGGCAUAUUAGGAUAUCCAUUGCACAUUGUAUAUAUCUGAGGUGUUGCUUAACGUGCAUUCAGUUCAGGAGCAGUUUCCCUAGGAUGGUCAAAUGUGUCUGCUGACAUUUUAGGAAGAAGACAUCUAUAAACGUUCCUCACCCCAGGCACUCAGUUAGCUGAAAUUUAAUCAGAUUGGUUUCAACCAUUUCCAUCAAGGAAUCCAUCGCUAUGUGAUUUGAGAAUUACAAACCCACUCAGCAAGUGAUUCGUGGUUCCUUCAGGAUGAACAUCUCAAGUGGUAGCUGUUCUAGUCCAAGUUCAACUGAAAGUCUUCCUCCUGGGGAUCUUUUCAAGGACCUGUGGUCCAAAUUGAAGGAAUGUCAUGAUAAGGAACUGCAAGAGCUGCUACUGAAAAUUAACAAAUUGAAAAAGCAAAGGUGCCUUGAUGCACAACGAUUGGAUGAAUUUUUUACUAAAAACAAGCAGCUUCGCGAACAGCAAAAGGGGCUUCAUGAUACCAUUAAGGUUUUAGAAGACCGACUCCGUGCUGGUCUGUGUGACCGAUGUGCAGUAACUGAAGAACACAUGAGGAAGAAGCAGCAGGAAUUUGAAAAUAUCAGACAACAAAACCUAAAACUCAUCACAGAACUAAUGAAUGAGAGGAAUACUCUUCAGGAUGAAAAUAAAAGGCUUUCAGAACAGCUUCAACAAAUUCAAAAGUCAGAGCAAACAUCAAAUCAAGACUUACAUUCAGAUCCAGUGGACUGUGAGGAUGGCAUUAUUCCAGAUUCCCCAGUUGGUUCUUUUCCUCAGUCCAUGGUUAGCCGAAUGCGGAGGAGAAAAGAAAAUAGGCAUGUCCGGUACAAAGAGCAAACACAAGAGCCGGCAGCUCCUGAGUCUACCAACAGCGCUCUGCACAGAUUACAUGCCUCUACACAAGUACCUAGAAGAAAAGGAGAAGAAAUAUUGGUAGCUGAAACUUGUGACCUGGAAUUGUCCCCACUUGCAAAGAUGGGUGACUUUCCAGCAGAGAAACCACUAUUCAACCUGGCAGCUGUUGUUGCAGAAACACUAGGACUUGACACUCAUGAAGAUCCUUCCCAGAGUGUGUUAAAUCAUGGCAGGACCAGUGCUAUGCCAGCACAGGAGCACUCUCCAAGACCGAUUGAACUUGAAUAUACAGAGAGUUCUCAGGCUAAUGAGCAUGAAAUGGAAUGGGGAACGCAGCAACAUUCUCCAGAAUUUGGGGCAACCCCUGCAAGAAUGGAGAACCGCACAGAAACCGACACAAAUUCUACAUUUCUCUUUCUUGGUACAAAGAAUAAGCUCAAGUUUCCAUAUUACAGCAGAACAUCUGACUCCUCAGGACAAAAACCAAAGGCAGAUGAUGUCACCUUGAUGGCGCCUGUGUGCCAUGCUACAGAAAAUGAUUCUGUAAUUAGCCACUGUUCAGGCAGCAGGCAGGUUGCCUUGAAGCGUAAUCCAACUGAUUCCAUUAUUGGUGUGAUCAGCACAAAUGAUGGUGUGAUUGCAAAUGACAAUUUUGACCGUGAACUUUAUAUUCAGAAUGGAAACAGGUGUUCUAAAAGGAGGAAAGCUGAAAAUGAUCUCAGAUGUGACAUGUCAGCCAAUAAGGAAAAUAAUGGACGUUGUAAAAGCACCGCUGUGGACAAACCUCUGGAUCUGUCAGAUCGUUUCUCGGGGUUGCACUCUCAGGAAGGUGGUCAAGACGAUGUUGGUACCAAUACAAUGCAACUUAAUUCGCAGGAAUCCUUGAAGUUGGGAUCCAAAAAGCAUUCUAGCGUCAGGAGUUUUCUCGGUAACUCAAUAAUACACCCAAGCAUGAGAGAGGACCCUCCUCAGCAAGAGCCACAAAGGAAGACUCUUGCUUCCAGUAAAGGAGACCUAUGUCAGGAAAGUAAUGAAGAGACUGAUGAUAACCCACUUUUUGAAGACUUGGAGGCCAGAAGCCCCCACAAACCAAGAAGAAAAGGGAAAUUACUGCACAGAGCCUGUGAGCCAGCAUCUGUUCUGCAACCAAAUCCACACUUGGCACAGGCUAAAGGCGCUGCCGUGAAUACAGAGACAGGCACCCAGUCUUUGGAUAACAUGCCAUGGAGCAUUGAUCCAGGGGCAGAUCUUUCUCAGUACAAAAUGGAUGUUACAAUGAUAGACACCAAGUAUGAGAGUACGGCAAAGGCAGAUCGAGAGGAUAUGGACUAUACCUAUGUCAGUGACAGUAUUUUGUUAAAGAUGAGAAAACAAGAGCUAGCUAAAAGUGACUCUCAGGAAGAAAGCAAAGAGAAUGACAGUUUUGGGGAAAUGUUUGAGAAGACCGAGCACGGGGAGUAUAUUUCCUAUGUUCAAGAGAAAAGCCCUUCCCAGAGACUUGACAGUGAGGAAGAAGAUGGUGGUGGAGAUGUAUCAAAGGAAAGAGAGAAUGAUGUUAAAGGGGAGGUCUACCAGAAGCAGAAGGCAUUUGUUGAGCCUUAUAUGCAAAAUGCUGACAGAAAGAGGCCUGCUUUGGAUUAUCCUCACAUUGAGGUUGUACGUAACAAGGAAGAACGACGAAAAAUGCUUGGACAUACAUGCAAGGAGUGUGAAAUAUAUUAUGCUGAUCUACCAGAAGAAGAGAGAGCAAAGAAGCUGGCUUCCUGCUCCAGACACCGCUUCCGCUACAUCCCACCCAGCACCCCAGAGAAUUUUUGGGAAGUGGGUUUUCCACCCACUCAAAUAUGCAAAGAUAGAGGUUACAUCAAGGAAGAACUUUCUCCCUGCCAGCGUCCACGCAGAAGACAACCUUACAAUGCACUAUUUGCUACCAAAGGGAAGGAACAGAAGAUAUAAACGUUUCAUAGCUUUUAGCAUCUUUUUAUUUUUUUUAUUUUUUUUUUUUAAUAUAUAUAUUUUUUUAUGAGAACUAGUUUGCACCCAAAAUGCAGUGAAAUGUCUUUGUGCAAUCAGGCUGGUCUGUAUUUAAACUUGCAGUAAGCUUCUGCAGGCAUAGUGCUGCAGUAGACGCAGUGCAUAGUUUAUGAUUUUACGAGUGUUUCUCUGGCUUUGGGUGCAACUUUUAAACAUUUAACAAUCAAAACCACAGUAUACUUUUAGCUGUACAACGGGAUAAUAAGUAAAUAUAUGUGUGAUUGUUGUCAGCCUCCCUAAAUAUAACAUUAAAACAUUAGUUGAAAUGCUCUGGAGGGUAUAAUGUCAUCCUCUAACUGUGCUCAUUAAAUCUGCUAGCAAAUGUAUUGAUAAGGGUGUAUUAAAUGCUGAGCCCUGCACUUUAUAUAACAUGUAUUGGUGUGUAGGCUCCCACUGCUGUAUGCACUCUUAUUAAUGACAGGGCACAGAGGCUUGACUACCACAAUGUAUAGACCAGAAAGCAAACUCAAUAAUUAUAUCAUCAUAAUUUAUGCAUUUGCCUACACUAAAUAUACAUUAAAUUUUUUUACUUGCAUGAAAGGCGCCUUGUCACCAACAGAUUUUGUGGAUCCCCAAACAGCUUUUGCGGUCUUGCUGUGACACACGGUUCUCUUUGUGGUGUUAAGCAGGAAUGCUGGUCAUCCUCAAGCAACUAAGACUUUCUGAGGAUAAUCUUAAUUGUAUAACAAGUAGAGGGUUUCGGUAGAGAGUAGUGGUAAAACAAUUAUUCAGAUACCUGAUUCAAAAAAACUGUAGCAAUAAUAGUAUAAAAUAGGUUGAACAUUAAUACCCCAUCUCAUGUACUGUAUGCUCAGUCUCCUCAAUAAAUAUUUAAUGCCACAUAAUCAGUGCUACAACCAGUAGAAAAUCCCAGUUUAAAGUAUUGUAAAGCUGUGUAUAUGGUUCGUAUAGAUUAUACAGUACUUGGUAAAAGCUAGCUUUGUCACUGUGCUACUGCACAUACCACUGUGCUCCUGUAGAACGGAGAAAUAGUUGUAUAUUUUUCCUAUCUCUGCGUGGAAAGAAGAUUAUUGUAAGAUUUUUAAUAUUUGUCUUGUGUCACUGCACCCAAAGCAUAUCUCUGGCCUUUGUAUCAUGGGAGUCAUCCAGCAUUUAACUGGGAAUGGACUAUCUGAGUAUGGUGGGAGUUGUAGCAGCAGGUUGAGGUAUGUGAAACUGCCUUUGGUAUAUGCAAAUGUUUACCACAUGGUCAUAAAGUGGCCAGACAUAUGAUAUAAACCCAGUUUUAAUAUGCAUGUCUUCGUCCAUACCUCGCCUGUAUUCCAUCUGGUUACAAGGUGGAGGUUUUUAAGAAAUCUGUUUGCCUUUGUCCAUUUAAAAUAUUAUUUCACAAAUGUUCAUCUCUAUAUGUAAAAUCUUAUUGUUUUGUAUUAGCACCUUGUUGUUAAUGUGCUGGGUGCUUUGUUUUGCACUGAAUAACUUUAAAAUAUAAAAUUGUGUUUCAGUUUA